GGUUGGUUAUAGUCGCAAGAAAUCUUCGGUCCACCAACACGGAAAGGAAAACGGUUCUUGGGAAGAAAUUGAGAAAAUAAUCGGGACACGUUCAAGCAAUAAUAAUUAGUCACUCCCCAAGCGAAAAAAUUACGCAAUAAAUGGUCACGACUUCCAAAAUCCUGAUCUUAUUUAACGCCCUGAUUCAGUGAGGAGCAUAGCAUUGCGGCGUCAUUGCUUGUGGUGGCGGGGCACAUGGAGGCACCAGAAGCACGAAACUGAUAAGGAAGAAGGAAGGACAGGCGGGAGGAGGGAGACGCCAUUUCUGAUCCCUUUUUGGCUCUUCUGGUGUAGGUGAUUUGUCAUAUAUUGGGUCCUGCGAUUGGCUUUUGCAGCAGCGCCAUCCUCGUGCCUUUGAUUAUUUUAGCGCGCCGCUCUGGGGAAGGAGGGCGAUUCGGAAGGGAAGGCGAAGGGAAUGCGACUAGGAAAAUAUGAGAUCGGAAGGACUCUUGGCGAGGGGAACUUCGGCAAGGUGAAGUACGCCACGAAUGUCGAGACCGGGAAGGGAUUCGCCGUGAAGAUCCUCGAGAGGGAGAAGAUCUUGCAGCUUAAAAUUACAGAGCAGAUAAAACGAGAAAUUAGGACGUUGAAGCUGUUGAAGCAUCCCAAUGUGGUCAGGUUAUACGAGGUGUUGGCAAGCAAAACGAAGAUUUACAUGGUCCUUGAAUAUGUGAAAGGCGGCGAAUUGUUUGACAAGAUUGCAAUGAAUGGGAGGCUAAAGGAAAGAGAAGGUCUGAUGCUUUUCCAGCAGCUCGUCGAUGGCGUGAGCUAUUGCCAUGACAAAGGAGUUUUUCAUAGGGAUCUAAAGCCUGAGAAUGUCCUAGUUGAUGCAAGGGGUAACAUCAAAAUCUCAGACUUUGGACUCAGCGCUUUACCCCAACAUCUCAGGGACGACGGUCUGCUGCAUACUACCUGUGGAAGUCCGAAUUAUGUGGCACCGGAGGUGCUUGCGAACAGAGGAUAUGAUGGUGCCACUGCGGAUAUAUGGUCCUGUGGUGUAAUCCUAUAUGUUAUACUCACUGGCUGCCUCCCUUUUGAUGAUCGAAAUCUUGCAGUUCUCUAUCAGAAGAUUUUCAAGGGUGAUGUUAUGAUUCCUAAAUGGCUUUCUCCUGGUGCCCAACACAUGAUGCGGAGAAUUCUGGAUCCUAAUCCAAAGACAAGGAUAACUGCAGCUGAAAUUAAAGAAGACAAAUGGUUUAAACAAGGAUAUUCUCCUGCAGCUCCUGAGGAAGACGAUGAUGAUGGCUUGUUAGACAUGCAUGACUUGGAUGAAGCGUUCUCGUUUUCAGAAGCAGAGCAGGUGCGCGAUGGGAAGGCACCUGCCUUUAUCAAUGCUUUUCAGCUUAUUGGAAUGUCAAGCAGUCUAGAUCUCUCUGGUUUUUUCGAGAAAGAGGAUGCCUCCGAAAGAAAGAUCAGAUUUACGUCAAAUUAUUCAGCAAAAGAGUUGCUUGAGAAGAUUGAGGACAUUGUCACCCAGAUGGGAUUUCACGUCCUGAAUAAAAAUGGCAAGCUGAAGGUCGUUCAAAGCCGUAAGGAUUUGAAGGGCCCUGGUUCUCUAUGCAUAAUGACAGAGGUUUUUGAGCUAAACCCGUCGUUGUAUGUGGUGGAGCUGAGGAAAUCAUCGGGCGACAUUGCGCUCUAUCGACAGUUAUGUACAAAGCUAGCGAACGAUCUGGGUGUGAGCAGAAGCCAGCCUCUCCUGACCUCAAUUGCUUGUUAAAGAGAGGACCCACCGCAACCAGUUCUUUUCUCAAUUUUGUGCAUUAAAAAAAAAGAAAAAGAAGUGGCGACCAGUUCUCAUGAGAUCUUCGUGUAUAGUCUUUUCUAUUCGUGUGCAUCUAUAUAUUUAUAUCUAUAUUCUUUCUCUCUCAUGUAAAACCUCAUGAGGUUCAAUUAUGAUGAAAUGAAGAUCAUUUUUAUUGCAUAAA